AUUUACUCACUCAAUGUGCUUUAAAAUAAUCUGUUCACUGAUUGUGUUUGUUUGUAUCAGUAUUCUUAUUAUGUACUUGCACUUUUUCAAAUAACUUCUGAGUUUCAGCUAACAAUGUCUGGAAUAGAACAUCAAGUUGUGAACACUGAAAGUUGUGGAAAAAUUAACGUAUUCAUACAGGGUCCACGUAAUACAAAAGUUGCUUUCUUGACAGUUCAUGAUCUUGGAUGCAAUCAUAAUGAAAUUAUUAAUUUUCUUGCACACGAAUCCAUGGAACCGCUAGUUAAUCGAUGCACCUGGGUACAUGUAGAUGUUCCAGGACAAGGAGACGGUGAAUCGGAUUUACCUGCAGAUUAUACAUUUCCUUCAGUUCAACAACUUGCAGAAGGCAUGAGCGAAGUAUGCAAUGCACUUAGAUUACAGUAUGUUGUUGUUUUCGGUGAAGGAGCUGGAGCAAAUAUAUUAGUUAGACUGGUGAUGUUAAGAUAUGACAUAGUUUUGGGUGCUAUUUUAAUUCAUUGUACUGGGACAACUGCAGGGUUAUCUGAAAGUCUUCGAGAUAGAUUAAUUGGAUGGAAAUUAAAUACAGUUGGAAUGAAUCCAGCUGCUGAAUCAUAUUUAUUAAUGCAUCGUUUUGGCUCGGCUGCAGAUUCAGAAAACGAAAUAGAAGUACGAGAAGUCCUCAUAAAAUUUCGUCAAUCACUUAGAACAGCAAUUAACCCGAGAAAUUUAAACAAAUUUAUUAUGUCAUUUAUGUCACGUACAAAAAUCCUAGAACAUGUCGAUCAAAUAAGAUGUCCCGUUUUAUUUCUAACCGGUGCGUUAGCAUCACAUAAUCAUACAGUCUUUCGUCUAUACAAUGCUGUUCUAUCCGCUGUACGCAAUGAUCCAAAUCUACAAGGUAAAGUUGAAUUGAUUCAACUAGAUAAUGUGGCAAAUGUAUUAAGUGAACAGCCUGAAAAAGUUGCCGAAUGUCUACAAUUUUUUAUCCAAGGAUUAGGUUUAGCUGGUGGCUUAGUUAGUCGACGAAUGAGUAGUACAAUACCUGUAGCUAGAAAUAGAUCAUUAUCAAUGGAAGAAUAUGAUCAACCAAAAGGUGCAUCAAAUUGUAUAUUUCAUAAAAAUCGUAAAUAUAGUACAACUACUGGGAGAUUAAUACAAGAUGAAAGUCCAAUUAAUGAACAAGAAGAUCCAACUGAAGCUUAAUUAUUAUACUCAAAAUUAUAUAACUAUAUAUAAACGUAUAUAAUUAGAUCGUUCUACCUUACUAUUUCUGAAAAUAGAUUCUUUUUUUAAAAAAAAACAAGUAUCAUUAUACAUAUACAACAGUAAUAAUCAUGUAUCUUGAUUAUACAACGUUCUAAGGGGUUCAACACUACAAUUUCAAUGCACUCUCUUUUUUCUUUACUAAUAACUAGGCUUUUUGUUUCCUACUUGUUUAUUUCUAUCUGUCUAGUUUUACAAAAUUAUUCUUCAGUAAUAACAAUAAACAAUUUUUGUUUAAUGAUUUUUGUACUGUUUUCCUUUUUCUUUUUUCAAAAAAAAAGAAAUAAUAUUAAUCUGUUUAGUAAACUUAUUAGUUAGGAAAAAUUUUCUUUUCUCUUCUCUUCUUUUUCUACUAUUACUACUACUACCACCACUACUACUACCACUACCACUACUACCAUCACUAUCACUACUACUACCACUACCACCACCACUAUCACCACUACUACCGCUACCACCACCACUACAAAUUCUUAUAUUGUCGAUUGAAUUACAAUCAACAACAACAAAAAAAAGAAAAGAACAAGAGACUAUCUAUCAUGAAAAUAAAUCCUUAGUUGAUAAUCAUUACUAUUAUUAUUAUAAUCAUUUUGUAUUGUAUUUUUACCGUAGUUUUUGUAAUGAUCAUCUUAUACUUUGCAGCUACUAUUUACCGACUAUUCAAUUCAUUAUCACCUGCUUUUUCAUCCUUUAACUCAUUUCUCUUUUUGAAUGAUUUCUAUGUUUAUUUGUUUUUUUUUAACAAUUUAAUCUGUUGUUUACGUUAAAAUCUAUUUGUAGAAUAAUUAAUAAUAAUAAUAAUGAUUAUUGUUACUCAUUAUUUUUGUUAG